AAAGAAACAAUGAUCCGACCAAAGCAUCACGCCCUUGGGAUAGUGUAAUGCGUCCAAUAACUAUGCUAGAUUCAUUUAUUCUUUUAUUUCCACUGUGAUGGCUUUGUUAGGAGGGAAGGAGCUGGCGUUUUGCCUCCGGAAGAGUUAGAACAUGCUAUGGUAUUUUCUAAAUCUAUGACCUUGGCAAUGGCAAUUGGGUGUCUGUCUGGAUAUCCUUUUUUUUCUGUUAAGGUUGUAGGUGCAAUGUCUGUAGGGACGUUCUGUAUCCUGUGGUUCCCUCAAGCUCUAUGGUCUCACAAACACGUUUUCUAAUCAUUCAUCUGUAUCUCACUAUGCAAUAUGGUGUUUUUUUUAUUAAUGUCCUUGGAAACAGGGGCCGGGGUUAUUCUCUGCAUUGAAAAGGCUUUAGAACAGUCUGGGAUGUCUAGGGAAGAUGUUAAUUACAUUAAUGUACAUGCUACAUCCACACCGGCCGGAGAUCUCAAGGAGUAUAAUGCACUCAUUCAUUGUUUUGGCCAGAAUCCUGAUUUGAGAGUGAACUCUACAAAAUCCAUGAUUGGUCACCUACUGGGAGCAUCUGGUGCUGUAGAAGCUGUUGCAGCAGUACAGGCGAUAAGAACUGGGUGGAUACAUCCAAAUAUUAAUCUGGAAAGCCCAGAUGAGGGCGUGGAUACAAAACUACUGGUGGGUCCAAAGAAAGAGAGACUGGACGUUAAGGUGGCAUUGUCUAACUCAUUUGGGUUCGGUGGCCACAACUCAUCGGUCUUGUUUGCCCCUUACAAGUAGAAACAUAGAUCUCAGUGUGCUACUCCAACCUUUGAUGCAAUCGUACUGCAGGUAUGUUUGCAUACUGCCACCUUUUUAUUAGAAAUAAGAAAGAAUUGUAAUAUGUAA